GCCCGGGGGGCCUGCGAAUGUUUAUUCACACGAACUCAAUCAUGGGACAAUCGCUAUUUCAUCUUAGCGCCCUGUUUUUCGCUGUAUAUUUUAACGUGGCCGAUUCCCAGCAACGCUACUCCUUAGAAACCCGUUACACCGACAUGCCGGUAACGCAUUACGAAUGGCAGAAGCAAAUGGAAACGUUCAAAUUGCGGUACCUGGUGAACAACAAGUACCACGUCAGAGGCGGCCCGAUAUUCGUAUACCUGGGCGGCAGGGGCGACAUCAACGUCUACUCUCAAAACACCGGAUUCCUCUUUGAAAUUGCCGCCAAAUUCGGCGCCCUAAUCGCCUUCAUCGAGCACCGCUACUACGGGGAAUCCCUACCUUUCGGCAACGAGUCAUUAGUCAUCGACAAUCUCAGAUACCUGACAACUACAGAAGUACUGGCCGAUUUCGUGCAGACCAUCGACGUGGUGAAGAGAGAAGCCCUGGAGAAUUUGGUGUCGUUCGACAGACAUCCAGUGAUAGCGUUCGGCGGCGGCUACAGCGGAUCGCUGGCGGCCUGGUUGCGCAUGAAGUACCCGUUUCUGGUGCUGGGCGCGAUCGCCUCCUCAGCGCCAAUGAUCUACUCAUCGUCGGUGACCAACUGCGAGUGUUUCAACGACGUCGUCACCAGGACGUUCGAGAAGUACGGGCAGGAGCAGUGCGUCAAGACCGUUAAGCUGGGAUGGGAGAUCAUCGUGAAUUUAUCGAGGAGCAAAUUAGGUUUAGAUUUCAUAUCGUCGACUUGGAAACUGUGCAAGCGAAUGUCGAGCGCCGAGGACGUGGAAAAGUUGCUGAACUGGUUGAACAACAUCUACGUGAAACUGGCGUUGAACAACUACCACUACCCCAGCGAUUUCUUCAUGCCGUUGCCGGCGUACCCGUUGAAAGUCUUCUGCGACAAGCUGACCUCGUCGUUCUUCAACGACACCAAAGGCCUGGUGGAGUACUUCGGGCAGGCGUUGCAGGUGUACACCAACUAUUCGGGCAAAUCGGUGUGCAACAGCCUCGAGGAACCGACGGAUUAUCUGCUGAAGUACCAGGAGUGCACCGAGCUGGUGAUGCCCAAGUGCUCGAUCGACACGGACAUGUUCAUCAACAAGCCGUGGGUGUACGAAAACUUCGCGCUGGAGUGUCACGCCAAGUACGGCAUCAGCGGCGUGAAGGCCGAUUGGAUCACGCUGGCGUACGGCGGCAGGAACAUGAAGUACGCCUCGAACAUCGUCUUCAGCCACGGCGAAAUGGACCCGUACACGUGCUACGGGAUGCGCAACAACGCCUCGUCGACCGUUUGGACCUUCGACAUCGCCGAUGGGUCGCAUCACGUCGACCUGAGGAACCCGGACGUCUCGGAUAACAACUACAUUUUGACGGCCAGAAGGCACCACGUCCAGGCCAUCAAUACCUGGCUUAAAUUGAAUUGAAUUCGUUGAUUGAUGAUGUUCCUCUUUUGUUCAUCGUACUAUUGUUAAUAUAAAGAUUUUCGUUUGAUUUUUGAUUAAUAAAACAUUUCUA